AUGGUUCUCGAGUACAUCCCGACAUAUCGUCUUACUCCAGAGACACUGCAAAAGUACUUGGAGCAACUGUUUCCCAAUCAUGAGAUCAACAUCAAGACAAACACAGCCGAUCAAUAUGUUGUCAACCUUCCCCAGAGCCUGACUGAGCUGAGAAUCCAAUCCCUGAAUAAUAGUCGCGUUACAUUGCCCCCGCCAGCACGUCUGGGAGAACUGCGGCUCCGGGCGGCGAGGCAUUCUUCGGUGUGGUAUAAGAAGGAGGAUUCGAAGAAUCCAGUUUCCGCACUUAAACGACCACGAAAUCGAGUGUCGAAAAUGGUAGAUCAGUACGAUAGACUCCAUGCAGCCUGUAAUGCUGCCGACACCUACCCCAAGAACCUCAUACGCACCCAAGCGUUUCGGCAUACCCUGCAAUCAUAUCGAAACCGAUUACACGAGCAACAACAACUGCUCUUCGAUCCAAAUCCUAAGUAUACGGUAGUCGAUCUGUGGGAGGCGUAUGAUGGCCAAGAUGCAUUUCAUCCUACCAGCUGCAAAACCGUCGACGCCCUGAGAGUGCAUUUUGAGGUCAAUCGCAAGGAUCCGCGUUGUCGCCAUGUGUUCAUCCAGGCAGAACACUCCAGGGCGCCUCUGGACUGCUCCAUGGAGAUGUUCGUCUACCUCCUCUCCUUCCUUCAGGUAAUGGCGCGGUUCCUGGACCUCAUUUUUGCAUUUGGGAGACAGUGGCUUCCCAAGGACUUCCAUUACACCGCAUUUCGCCACGAAAACUUCCUGGAUACGCUGGAAGCCAAGAAAUUCGAAAUUCCGAAGCUGGGCCGAUCUGGACGCGAGAUUCGACACUGCUACAACGUUUGGUCCGUUGAAAGGUCAUCAGCCGGCGGAUCGCCAUGGUCGAUUCGACAAACGGCUGUCUACCACUCGUUCGACAUGGACACCGGCAGGGCACUGUGGAUCAAUGUCAAAGGCAAUGACCUCAUGCAAAAGAGGAUCACAGAGGCAACUAAAACCUGCAGGCGACUACAGGCUGGCUCACUCACAGACCUCCGUGGGUCCUUUGCUGCCACCCUCGUGACUCACCUCAUUCUCUUCGAAUGGUGUGGUGAAAACUGGCGGUCGUAUAUCAGCAGCUUGGAGAGUGACCUACGAAAGAUCUUGAAGAAGGUCAAUAAUGCACCUAUCGACGAUGUUGAGCGUGCGCUUGCUGUUAAUCCGAAUGCUCUGAUCCAGCCUCUGACUUCGAUGAAUAAUACGUUCCCAAGCAGUACGCCUUCUAGAGCCAACUCCUUCUCAAAAGGACAUGCAUUCUCUAGACAGAGUACCGCGACUGACAGGUCCUUCGUCUCAAACCAGUUCAUGUCGUCCAAGCAGCGAGUUCUGAGUGGCUUGACAGCCACCACGGCCGGCUCAGGCACUGGGAAGCAGAAUCGACAGCCACAGUUGCCACAGUCACCGGUAUCAGAAAAAUCAGUGCGACCCGAGAACGGGGAGCAGGGUGAUGAUGGUGAUGGAGAGGACCGUUUCGGAGUCCUCCAGCAGUUCUCAUUCAAAGAACUGCAGCAACUCCAUGACAUCGGCGCUAAUCUUCACGAGGCCAGCCUUGUCAUGAAGCUGAAUGCGGAUGUCUUGAUUGAGGUACUCGAACACUACAAAACCCUGACAGAGGCUGUCGGGUUUCCAGCAGCGAUUAAGGAUGGAUGCAGCGAGGGGAUAUCGGAAUUCUUUCAACGCGUCAGGAGCAUCGUCCGGGAUCUCAAAAUGGAGCAGUCGCGCAUUGAAACAUUGAUGCACAUGCUGGAAGAUGGAAAAAGCUUGUUUGAUGGGAUUCUGCAAUUUCGAAACAUGGAGAUCAACAAGCUGUUCGCGGUGAACGCGCAUCAAAGCGCCCAGCGGAUGGAGGAGAUGACGCGAGACAUGCACGAGUCCACGAUCAAGAUGGAGCAAGUGACGGAGAGCAUGCACACAAUUGCGGCAAAGACGGAAAAGGAUACGGCAUUAAUGCACAUCAUUACAUUGGUAACCCUGGUGUUCCUGCCAGGGACCUUUGUCGCCGUAAGAUUCGGGUUGCCGUUGUAUUCCUUGCGUAAGUUCACUACAUCUCUGACCUCCAACCAGACCAUCUUCGGCAGCGGGUUGUUCCAAUGGGACCAGAAUCACCCGUUGGAGAUGCCCGUGUGGAAGCCCGAGUUCUUUGCUUUAUUCGCGAAAAUUUGCUUCCCACUGAUGGCAGGGACCCUUUUAAUAUGGCUGGGGGCAUAUUGGUGGGCCUCAUGGAGGCGGGGCAAGAAGCAGGAAGCUGAUGAAGAGCAGCUGCUGGUUGACGGCGACGAGCAUGUUCAGAAGGCAUAG